AAAAAUGCGCAUGCCCAGAAAAGUUUGUCGGCAUCAAUUUCGUCAGGCGGAAGCCACUUUUCACCAAGCAAAUAUAUAUAUUGCACUUUAUCGUUUGCUAAAAAGAAUGUUAUAAAAAGAUUUGCAUUAAUUGACAGCAUUUGUUUGAAAUAAUCAUAUUUAAGCAUGAGUCUUCCAUUUAAGUCAGCGGAAGAAUUUUACCAGUCUGUUGUUAAAAGGAGUCCUCAUGAAAUUGAAUUUCACCAGGCUGUUAAAGAAGUUGUCUAUUCGUUAUGGGAUUUUCUUGUGAAAAACCCAGCUUAUGCAAAGGAUGGUUUAUUGGAAAGAUUUACAGAGCCAGAACGGAUUGUGAUGUUUCGUGUUUCUUGGUUAGAUGACAAUGGUAAUGUUCAUGUUAAUCGUGGCUAUCGUAUUCAAUUUAAUUCUGCUAUUGGUCCAUACAAGGGUGGACUUAGAUUCCAUCCAUCUGUGAAUCUUAGUAUUUUAAAGUUUCUUGGCUUUGAGCAAGUUUUGAAGAAUAGUUUAACAACUCUCCCUAUGGGCGGUGGAAAAGGAGGCAGUGAUUUUAAUCCCAAGGACAAAUCAGACAAAGAAGUGAUGCGUUUUUGUCAGUCAUUUAUGACAGAAUUAUCACGUCACAUUGGUUCAAAUACUGAUGUUCCAGCAGGAGAUAUUGGUGUAGGUGGUCGUGAAAUUGGAUACUUAUUCGGUCAGUAUAAACGCUUACAGAAUAAUUUUACUGGAGUUUUAACUGGCAAAGGGUUUAAUUGGGGAGGAAGUUUGUUGAGACCAGAGGCAACAGGAUAUGGUGUUGUUUAUUUCACUCUUGAGAUGUUAAAAACAAAAGGAACCGAUUUUAAAGGCAAAACAGUUGCCAUUUCUGGUUCUGGCAAUGUUGCUUUGUUUGCAUGUCAAAAAGUAACUUUGUUUGGUGCCAAGGUAGUAACAUUGUCAGACUCAUCUGGUUUUAUUCAUGAUUCUGAUGGGAUUAAUGAAGAAAAGCUUGCGUAUUUAAUGGAUUUGAAAUUCCAAAGACGUCGCAGAAUAUCUGAAUACACUCAGAAAUACAAACAUGCAAAAUUUUAUAAAGGGGAUCGACCAUGGAAAAUAAAAGUAGACAUUGCUUUGCCAUGUGCAACGCAAAAUGAAUUAAAUCUGGAGAAUGCGCGAGCAUUAGUUGCCAAUGGUGUCUUGUGCGUCACAGAAGGUGCGAAUAUGCCUACAACACCAGAAGCAGUGGAUUGUUUUCAUGCUGCAAGGGUCAUGUUCUCUCCGGGUAAGGCAUCAAAUGCAGGAGGUGUAGCAGUUAGUGGCUUAGAGAUGAGCCAAAACAGUGGCCGGCUGCAAUGGUCACAAGAACAAGUUGAGGAAAAGUUACAUAGUAUAAUGCUUGAUAUUCAUCAAAACUGCAAGAAAUAUGGAGAGGAAGAAGACGGCUAUGUCAACUACGUCAAAGGCGCAAACGUGGCUGGCUUUGUGAAGCUUGCUGAUGCUAUGAUUGCACAAGGAGUUGUGUAAAACAGUUGGCUUUGAAGAUUGAUCUUUUAUCAAAUUUGAGUUAAUAUAUUUGAUCUAUACUUCACAAAAUAACUGUUAAAUUUCAAUUGUUCUAAUUCUUUUUGUUAAAAUUUCUUUACUGUGUUUUUCAGACUGUUUUGCUAUUUGUUGACAUAUUGACAUUUACAUUUCAUACCAAAGUUUCAAAAAAAGCAUCUGUUAAAAAAAAAACUUUCGACACAUUAAAGGAUUUCAGAGCUGUCAUGCAGUAAUUUUUAUCGCAAAAAAAUCUAACAUAUGCCUGCAAAUUAUUACAGUGCUAGAGUGCUGCGCAGAAAUUACUAUGAAUGUUUCACAACUGUGCUGAGAACUGUGCUGAGAAGCACAAAUGUUUCAAACCAAUUACCAAAAUUUAGUAACCUGUUGUAUAUACUAUUUACAAACAUGUAAUAUAUAAUUAUAUAUCAAAAACUAUUUAUUAAAAAUUUAUGCAGAAAUAUAUAUUUUAGAGUAGAUUUAGAAUAUAUUUCUUAACACAAGCUAACGUGGACAAAAAUAACUUCUUUGUGCGUUGUUGUUUAUUAUAUGUCUUUCGAAAUCAUUCCAUAUCAUGAGAAUUUAUUAUAAAUUUAGCGUUGUUUUAAAUUUUUACGAUCCCUUUCUGUACGCAAUGAAUUUUAACUUUUUAGUUUGAAUGUUUUUGUAUUGAUAUUUGGGAUUUAAGAAGCAAACUGGCAUGUUUUCCUGUCCACAUUAAUUAGUUCUUAAAAUUAUAUCAUCGUAUGACAUUCUUUUUAUUGUAUCUAUAUUUAUUUAUGGUAAAAUAGCUAUUU